GCUCAUACUUAGCGCCGUGUCUGUAAGCUUUGGCGCGGAAUGGCUGAUAGUGCGGACUGGGCUGCUGAAGUAGAUAGUCAAGAGCGCGAGCUCUCUAACAGAGUCAAAGGGAUCGGGAUAAGCGAUGCAAAGACUACGUCUACCCCUACAACGUCGGCACCUACGGUAACAUCGGCACCUGCGGUAGCGUCGGUUGAAGACGACGAUUGGAAUGAAUCACCGACCGUCACAGCUGAUGGCGACGAUCAAGAUAAACCACUUGAUGCUGCCGAGGCAUCGUAUUUGACCAAAGUGUUGAGAACGAAACUCGUCGAUUCACAGGUGUUAGGGAUCGAGGUCCAGAGAAGGGAUCCAAACUCGCCACUGUAUAGCGUCAAAUCGUUCGAAGAGCUUCGACUGCAGAAACAACUAUUGGACGGUGUGUAUGCGAUGGGAUUCAAUAAGCCGUCAAAAAUACAAGAAACGGCAUUGCCAGUGUUAAUGGCUCAUCCGAAUUUUAGGCCUUCGAAUAUGAUUGCGCAGUCACAGUCGGGAACCGGGAAGACAGCAGCAUUUGUGCUGGCGGCAUUAAGCAGAGUGAAUCCUGAAAAUAAGUGGCCGCAGGUGUUGAUUUUGGCUCCUACGUAUGAGCUGGCUUGUCAGAUUGGAGAUGUCAUAUCAAAAAUGGCUAAGUUUAUGAUUAGUGUGAAGCUGACGUUUGCGAUCAGAGGAGAAAAGGUGGCUAGAGGAUCAACCAUACAAGAGCACCUCAUCAUUGGCACACCAGGAACUGUGCAAGACUGGAUGUUCAGAAAGAGAGCAUUCGACCCGAAAAAGAUUGAUGUUUUUGUGUUGGAUGAAGCUGAUAUCAUGAUCAACACGCAAGGUUUCCAAGAUCAAUCCAUUAGAGUUAGGAGAGCGUUGAGAGACGAUUGUCAGGUGAUGUUGUUCUCAGCUACUUACAGUGACGAUGUUAUGUCAUUUGCAAGACGAGUUGUUGCCGAGCCUGUCAUCAUCAGGUUGAAAAAAGAGGAAGAAACCGUCGAGAAUAUUAAACAGUACUAUGUUCAGUGUCGCAAUGAAGAUGAUAAGUUCCAAGCUCUGUCGAAUAUCUAUGGAGUGGUAACGAUUGGGCAAGCAAUGGUCUUUUGUCGAACAAAAAAGUCUGCUGCUUGGCUGGCACAGAAAAUGACCUCCGAUGGCCAUGCUGUUGGCCUCCUAACGGGAGACAUCACUGUUGAACAGCGGAUAGCUGUUCUAAAUCGCUUCCGUGAAGGAAAAGAAAAGCUCCUUGUUACGACAAAUGUCUGUGCCAGAGGCAUUGAUGUCGAACAAGUCACUGUAGUAGUGAACUACGAUGUUCCACUCGACACAGAAAUGAAACCAGACUAUGAGACUUACUUGCAUCGUAUUGGCAGGACUGGCCGGUUUGGCAAAUCAGGUCUUGCAAUCAACUUUGUCGAUGGGCGUCGUUCACAUGAGAAUCUGAUGAAGAUAGAGGAACAUUUUGGGAAGAAGAUAUUGAAGUUAUCUACGGACGAUGUCGAGGAGAUGGAGAAAUUAAAUCAGUAGCAAUAAUGACUGCAAGUUUCUAAUGCACUUUGUUACGGUUACUGAUGAUGCUUUUAUGUCCAAGCAAAUGAAGACUAAUAAAAGUCACUAACCGUUUUGAUUGCUAGUUAUCCUACUGGUCUCUUUGCACUGUUAAUUAACAGCAAGUUUAUGGCUGAGUGUUGAUUUUCAUAAUGAAACAGUGCACUACAGGAA